CACUUCGCCUGUACUCAGUGCCCUCACAGCAUCUCUUUUGCAGAAGCUGUCAAAGAAACGAUCAUUACUGUAUGAUCUAAUUGUUACAAUUUAAUAAAACGGGCCAGCUUACCAUCUUCCUAGCACACCAAACAUUUUUACAGCUCAACGAAAUGUCAUCACACGUCCCUAUCGCGCGUGAGUUUACCAGCUAAAACACGAUAAACAUCGCAUUUAUCCCUCGUCCAGCUUACCAAAACAUCCUGCUAUAUCAUACGAAUAAGCAAGUCCGUAGCUCAUUGGCCGCAGAAUACGAUCUUUCAGACAUAUAAUCUUCUCGAACUCUUCAAUAUAAAACCACGUUGCAACAACUGCUCUCGUUCCAUGUCUGUAUGCAAACUUGAUACAACAUUGGACUUGAACCUCUUUCUUUUUGUCUAAUCGAUGGUGGGAUUUAUGUGGUGUGCGUAUAUAUACGUGCACGUAUGUGCAUUGAUACGUGCAUGUGUACAUGCCGUUAAAAAUAAAUACCCAGUGUGUUAUGGUUGAUUGCUCGGUCGCAUUGUAAUCAUAUAUGACCAUGCGAUGCAACAAAUAUUUUUAUUAUUUAAUUGUAGGUUUAAUCCGUUUAUAGCAAAUACGAUUGCCCAAGAGACAGUGCAAUAACAAGUUUAAUAUUCGAGUCAGCUUUUUAUUUCAUUUACAGCUUGAUAACGAGUUUCUGUUUGAUUUCAGUUAUCGCAAACUAAUCCAUGGAAUUCUAUAUUUACAGAAACAUGCGAGAUUCUUUUAUUGGCAUUAUUAUUAGAUAACUGCGGAUGAUAAAAUUUCAUUGUUUAUAUGCAAGAAUAUAAUAGGUUCACCCUAUGCAUCGAAUCGCAUCAGCAAUACGUCAUACACGAACGCCUUGCAGUUGAUUGAUACCGCGCCAGCUGUUUCUGCAUCUGUAUAUGUGGCAACGUGAUGGAGAAAGGAGUCCAUAGGGAUUAAUGUAAUACUACUGGCGCGGUAUUGUGUUUUUCUGUCUGUGCUUAGUCACAGAUGGUCAAGGAAAUGAUUGAUACAUAACGUGGAGUCUUUUGAGACUCUGAAACACUAAGAGCUUAGAAAUAUUCACUCAAUCGUGCACCAAUUGUCGCUCGACGAACAUGGUCCAUACCACUUACGGUAUAAGCGUUCCACGUGAUUAAAAACAAUAUUGCUGAUCAGUAUCGUGUCAAAAUGUAAAUAUAUGCGACAUCUCGAGCUGGGCGAAUAAAUCUUGGAUACUUUUAUAGAAUUUUCAUUACUAUGUAUUCUAUUAAUAGAAGACCCCUGUUAGGGGGUGCAUCGGAUAGUGAAUUUGAAGAUGAUUUAGAAACUGAAGUUGAUGAUCCACAUAUUUCUGCCCCAGAUGAGAAACCAUUUUUAAAACAACUCGAACCUCGUGAUAAGUAUAAUCUAGCGUAUAUAGUUUUUUAUUUACUUGGAAUAAAUACAUUGAUACCAUGGAGCUUUUUUAUUACUGCAGACGACUAUUGGAUGUAUAAGUUUAGAGAAAUACAUGAAAACUCAACAAACCAUAUUAACUGUACUUAUGCAGAGAAUUUAGAGAAAACCGAGUUGCAAGCAAGCUUUACAUCGUACUUGAAUGUAGCAAGUGCAUUUCCGAAUACUCUUUUUUUAAUUGUAAAUACAUUUAUUAGUAAAAGAGUUCCCCUAACAAUGCGAAUGGUGGGAUCUCAAUGCACAAUAUUAGUGUUCUUCAUUUUGACAACAGCAUUUGUUAAAGUAAACACAGAUAAGUGGCAAGAUACAUUUUUAGCAAUUACCUUGACCACAGUGGCAUUUGUAAAUGCUGCAAGUGCAAUUUUUGGAGGGAGCUUGAUGGGAAUUGUUGGCCGUUUUUCCCCGAAAUAUAUAACUGCUAUGUUAAGUGGUCAAGCCCUAGGAGGAAUCUUCACAGCUAUUACAGAAAUAUGUUCACUGUGGAUUGGGGCUAGUCCUGUACUCUCAGGUCUAGUCUAUUUUAUCAUUGGAGAUGUUAUUCUAUUUUUAUCUCUGAUUGCAUACAUUGUUUUAGAAAAAGCAACAUUUUUUAAACAUCAUAUGCUAGAAAAAUCAUCUGGAAACAUAGAAAGAGAAUACACGGUCACUGGAGAAGUAGCUUUCCCUCAAGGCACUACAAUUUCUUAUAGCCGUAUUAUUAAAAGAAUUUGGCCAUAUGGUGUUAGCGUGUUUCUAGUAUUCUUUAUAACUCUUUCCGUAUAUCCGGGAGUUACUGUAUUAGUGGAAAGUCAAUAUAAAGGAAAGGGCCAUGCGUGGAAUGAUGUCUACUUUGUACCUGUGGUGACUUACCUCAUUUUUAGUAUGGGCGACUAUACUGGUAGAAUAUUAUCAGGCAUUCUACAAUGGCCAAAAAACAAACCAUGGCAUGUCAUGCUGUUAAGUUUAGUGAGGAUAAUUUUUAUACCAGCUCUUAUGUUUUGCAAUGCACAACCCAGGCAUCAUUUGCCUGUUUAUAUUCAAAAUGAUCUGUAUUACAUUCUACUAACUAUCAUAUUUGCAAUCAGUAAUGGUUAUUUGUGCAAUUUGACAUUUAUUUUAACUCCUCUAGUUGUAGAAUCUCAAGAAAAAGAGAUCGCAUCUGCGAUGAUGGGAGCUUUCCUUGGAUUGGGAUUAACAUUAGGUGCUGCACUCAGUCUAGUCAUGGUUAAAACACUUUAAUCUGUAUUAUUUUAAAAACGCGGUCAGUACGCAAGUGUUGAUCUCACUGCCGGUUGUACAGUUAAAAACAAAUAGGACCAUGGGACAUGGAGUCCAUACACAUUAAACUGAGGAGUAAUGGAGUUAAUAUUUCAUGACAAAUUUUACAAAUGUAGUGUUUGAAACAUAACAUUAAAUUAUAUUUUACAUAUUCUUUUUAUGAAUUAUGUACUUUAUAUUUAAACAUUCCGUGAAUAUAUAAAACGUCUUUAGCAUAAAAUAAUGUAUGUCAAAUUAUAUCACAGAUUUGAAAUACAUGGAAGCAUGUAAGAAGUGAAUAAAUAAA